AUGAAGGUUCCUAUUUUUGUAAUUUCAUCUGUUGCAGAAGAGCUUAUGGCAUUCACAAGUAUUAUACCAGAGUGGUUAUGCAAGCAACUGCAAGAUCGUCUCUACUGUGGUCAACAAUUAUUUGCUCAUUCCGAGAUGCUAAAAGAUGGAAGGCUUCAUUUGUUUCCUGCCAUCCAUUCUGCCGAACUUUUACAGAAAAAUUUGGCAGGAACCUUGCAUAGUAUUUUGUCCCCACUGGAGUUUACGACUUGGACCUGCUAUUCAUUUCUCCUGAAAUGGUGUGGGUAUCCAAAUUCACUACUUGUUAUGGAGGAUAGGGUGGAUGCCAGUCUGGCUUUCCUGCCUUUCAAGCCAAUGGCAAUGAAAGUCCUCCAGUGUUCUUUCCUCUCAGGAUUGCAGCUGCACAAGUCUCGUCAUCUACUGCAGAUAUUACAACCCAAGCAUGUUCUGACAAAGGAGUACUCGGAAUUCGACAUCUCUAUAGAGUUGGCUUGCCAGCUCAAAUACACGACACUAAAACGACAAGACGUGGACAUUGCUAAACUGAAGGGCGAGCUUUUGGUGGAGCAAGGGAAAUACAGGUUACUCGCUGGGAACGAGCAAGUCGCGUCCCGGCCAAAGCCGAAGGAGGCAUUGCGUUUUGGAGGAGUGAAGUUGAAUGCCCUUUUGACGGCUCUUCGAAAAUUGGGUAUGAAUCCGGUGGUGGAGGAAGUGGUGGGUUCAGGUGGGACCCACACGGGUUCCCUUAUCACGGUGACCGAGCCUGGCAAAGCCGUUGUCGAAGUCACGGGGGCAAAAACGUCUAUUGCGAGCGAAGAUGAAAACGUGGCUACCCUUAUUUCGCAGGCUGUUUGUAGUGUUUUAGAUGCAUAG